AUGGCUUCCCACCUUAAACUGUAUCUCUUUGGAGAUCAAACCUUUGAGAUCCAGCCUCACUUGAAAGCUCUGUUUCAGAAGCGCGACAAUCUCUUCCUCCAAGACUUUCUGAACAAAGCCUACCAUGCUAUUCGAGUUGAGCUUUUCAAGGUUCCUUAUAGCAUUCGAAGAGAUCUUCCCCGAUUUACCUGUCUUGAGGAUCUUCUCCUUUGGGAUCAGAGUGGUCAACGAUGUAUCGCUCUGGACAUGGCCAUGACUACUCUUUACCAACUUGCGACGUUCAUCAGCCAAGCAGGGAUUUCGUCAUAUGAUGCACAGAGUACAAGGGUCGUUGGCCUCUGUACUGGUGCCUUCGCAGCUGCAGCUAUUAGUUGCAGUAGUUUCACAGCAGACCUAAUUCCCAUGGCUAUCAACGCUGUCAUUGCCUCUUUUAGAACUGGCUUGCUCGUUACUGAUACUGCCAGAAGGGUCAAUGCUUCGCAGAACAUGGAUGACAGCUGGGCACUCCUCGUUCCAGGACAGAAAGCGUCUGCUGGUGUUGAACAGUAUUGCAAUGAGAACGACCUUCCCUUGACAAGCAGACCUUACAUAAGCGCAUACGCACCUAAUGGCAUCACCGUCAGUGGCCCGCCGCAGCGCCUUGUUGAACUUGCACAAUACUUGUCCAGCAAGAGUAUCACGUCCAAAAGCAUCCCAAUCCAUGGCGCUUAUCACGCACCGCAUCUCUACUCUCAAGAGGAUGCGCGAGGAAUUAUCACCAGUUUGAUGCUUAACAAGGCCACUGCCCUUUCGGAGCAGAUCUCUCUCCUCUCAAGCACAGGCCUCAAGCCUGAGGAGCGCAGUUUUGAUACACUCCUAGAAGACGCUGUCGCUCAGGUUUUGCUUCAUCCUCUUCUCUGGACUUCAAUCUUUGAAGAUGUGCAAGCUUCCCUGGAAGAUGCUUCUUCUGAGAAGUUCACUGUUGUGCCAUUUGGUACUAACGCUGAGCACUUGAUCUACACUGCUCUCAAGAAGACCUCUCUACGCUCUCUUGUCCCUGACACCACGGCCCCAAGUAAGGAAUUAUCUCUCGAUAACAUCCCUGACUCGGGAUCUGGCAAGCCAAAGCUUGCCAUCGUCGCCAUGUCGGGUCGCUUCCCCGGCGCAAAGGACAACGAAGCAUACUGGGAUCUCCUCUACAAAGGCUUAGAUGUUCACAAGCCAGUCCCGAACCUUCGAUGGGAUCAAAAGACGCAUGUUGAUGCAACUGGAAAAGUCAAGAAUACUGGCGCUACCCCAUUUGGCUGUUGGCUUGAUGACCCUGGUCAAUUCGAUGCCCGCUUCUUCAACAUCUCUCCUCGCGAGGCUCCUCAGGUUGAUCCCUCUCAGAGACUGGCUCUCAUGACAGCCUACGAAGCCAUUGAACAAGCCGGUAUAGUCCCAGACGCUACUCCCUCCACUCGUCCCGAUCGCGUUGGCGUCUUCUACGGUGUUACCAGCAACGAUUGGAUGGAAACGAACAGCGCACAGAACAUCGACACGUACUUCAUCCCUGGUGGCAAUAGAGCUUUUAUCCCAGGUCGCAUCAACUACUUCUUCAAGUUCAGCGGCCCUAGCUACGCCAUCGACACAGCUUGUUCAUCAAGUCUCGCAGGUAUUCAUCUCGCCUGCAAUGCCCUCUGGCAGAACGACGUCGACACUGCCAUCGCAGGUGGAACAAAUGUUCUAACGAACCCCGAUUUCCACGCUGGUCUUGAUCGCGGCCACUUUCUGUCUCGCACAGGAAACUGCAAGACGUUUGACGACGGCGCUGAUGGGUACUGUCGUGGUGAGGGUGUCGCGACGAUCAUCAUGAAGAGGCUUGAUGAUGCGCUUGCUGAGAAUGAUCCUAUUCUGGGUGUUGUACUCGGCGCGUAUACGAAUCAUUCUGCCGAGUCGGAGAGUAUCACCAGGCCCCAUGUCGGAGCUCAGCGGGUCAUCUUUAACAAGAUCCUCAAUGAGGCGGCUGUUGAUCCCUAUACGGUCAGCUAUGUCGAGAUGCAUGGAACAGGCACUCAAGCGGGCGACGCGACCGAAAUGUCGUCUGUUCUAGAGACAUUCGCACCACCAGUCUCAGACACCAAACUCGCUCGCACCAACAACCAGAAGCUGUACAUCGGCUCAACGAAAGCCAACAUUGGCCAUGGAGAAGCAGCUUCUGGAGUAUGCAGUGUCAUUAAGGUCCUCCAAAUGAUGAAGAAGAACACCAUCGUUCCGCACUGCGGCAUCAAGACCAAGAUCAACCAUCGUUUCCCAACAGACUUUGAAGAGCGCAAUGUUCAGAUCGCGUUUAAGCCGACGCCUUGGGAAAGAGUCAGUCUUGAUAUCCCCAGGCGAGUCAUGGUGAACAACUUCAGCGCUGCAGGUGGUAACUCUGCCCUGUUGAUACAGGAUGCGCCGCCCAAGAAGCAACUUACUUCUGGAAAGGAUACCAGAGUUCAAUUUCCCAUCGCUUUCACCGCCAAGAGUGGUAUUUCCCUGCAGGGCAAUUUGAGAUCGAUGCUCAAGUUCCUUGCUGAGAGUCCCGAUGUCUCUCUUGCUGAACUUUCGUACACGACCACUGCUCGCCGAAUCCAUCAUCAACAUCGGGUUCUGAUCUCAGGUUCUACCCCGAGUGAGAUCUGUAAAAAGAUCGAGACUGCUCUUGAGAACAAUACUGGAGUCAAUCGCCCCAAGAGUGCACCAAAGGUGGUCUUCUCCUUCACCGGGCAAGGAGCCCAGUACCCAGGAAUGGGAAAGCAGCUCUUCGAAGAGAACGCCUUCGUUCGUAAGGAACUUCUCCAACUCGACCAGAUCGCUCAGAAUUUAGGCUUCCCUUCUAUGCUCCCCUUCAUCGCGUCUGAAGAACAAGAUGUUGCCAAGUUCGCGCCGUCGCUAGUCCAACUCGCCAGUGUGUCUCUUCAGAUUACGCUAAGCAAGCUCUGGGCUUCUUGGGGUAUUGUUCCAAGCGCGGUUGUUGGGCACAGCCUGGGAGAAUAUGCCGCUCUUAAUGUCGCUGGCGUCCUUUCAGACACUGAUACUCUCUUCCUGGUCGGAGGUAGGGCGCAAUUGCUUGAGACCAAGUGCACGCGCGGUACGCAUGCUAUGCUUGUGGUAAAAGGGUCUCAAGCUGAGAUCUCUGUGGCUUUGAAAGGCAAAGAGUAUGAGACUGCUUGCAUCAAUUCGCCCAUCGAGACAGUUCUUGCUGGACCCAACGACCAGGUAGCCAAGAUCAAGGAGAUUCUCACUACAGCGAACUUCAAAACCACUUUGCUCAAGGUUCCCUACGCUUUCCACUCAUCACAACUUGAGCCGGUCGUUUCAGACAUUGAGAAGCUAGCGAGCAGGGUUUCAUUCUCAAAGCCCAACACCCCCAUUCUCUGUCCUCUUGACGGCACUGUGGUGGAGGAUGACGGCGUCUUCAACGCUUCUUACCUUGCAAAGCACUCACGUCAACCCGUCAACAUUCUUUCCGCUCUUGCAACAGCCUACCGUGACGGCACAAUCAGCGAUCGCCACAUGAUGCUCGAAGUUGGUCCUCAUCCUGCUGUCACGGGUAUGGUCAAGCCCACUCUCGGUCAGCAGAUAACAUGUAUCGCCUCGCUUCAACGUGGAAGAGCACCAUGGGAGAUGCUCUCCGCUGCCCUCAAGACCCUAUACGAUGCCGGCUCUAGUAUCAACUGGGCUGGUUAUCAGAGCAGCUUCCCUGGUUCGCAUUCUGUUGUUGUUCUUCCAGCUUAUAGCUGGGAUCUCAAAGACUAUUGGAUCAAGUAUGUCAACGACUGGUCACUCCGAAAGGGUGAUCCUCCUCUGGUCAUUAACAAUGCGCCCAAGCUUGAGAGCACUACUAUUCAUCGCGUCGUUGAAGAAGAUGGCGAUUCUAACAAGACUCACAUUGUUGUCGAGGCGGAUAUUGCUCGCAAGGACUUGAGCCCACUCGUUCAAGGGCAUGAAGUCGACGGCAUUCCUCUUUGUACCCCCUCUGUGUACGCCGACAUUGGUUUGACGCUGGGCAAGUAUCUGCUCGAGAAAUACCAACCCCAGAACAAGGAUAACAUGGUUGUUGUUUCGGACAUGACUGUGUCCAAAGCCUUGAUCUUACGAGGCGAUGGAUCGAAGCAACCUAUCCAGGCUCAUGCUGAAGCUGACUGGUCGUCUCAAUCGGUGGCGAUCAAGUUCAUGUCAUUUGAUAACAAGGGCAAACUUCAAGAGCACUCUGCUUGUGUCGUCCGCUUCAAGGACAGAACCCACCAGGAUACCCUCCAGUCCCAAGCUCAGCAAACCAAGCAAAAGAUGCAGAGUCUUCGCGAUCAAAUCACAACUGGAGAAAGCGCCCGCUUUAAUCGACCCAUGGCCUACCGCAUGAUCAGACCCCUCGCGCGUUUCCACGAUGACUAUCGCGCCAUCGAUGAAGUCGUGCUCAACAGCGAGACUCUCGAAGCAUCCAGCAAGAUCAGCUUCGGAACUGUCAAGCGCGACGGGGACUUCCACACUCACCCUGCCGUCAUCGAUGCUCUCACCCAAUCGUGCGGUUUCGCCAUGAACUGUAAUGAUCAUACCGACAUUGAUGUCGAUGUUUACAUGAAUCACGGUUGGGGAUCACUGGAGCUUUUCGAGACUUUGGAAUUUGAGAAGCAUUACACUACUUACACACAGAUGAAUUCUGGUGAGGGUGGACUUUGGUACGGUGAUGUGACCAUCUUUGAUGAGGACAUAGUCGUUGCUUUCUUUGGACAGAUUGCGAUUCAAGGCGUUCCUCGACGCGUUCUCAAGGUCAUCCUCUCUAUUGAGAGUGGAAAGAAGGGUCAGCCUCAACGACAGGUUCAGGAUAAACCCCAAAACACCUCCAAGCCAUCCGCCGCUCCAUCUUCCAAGCCAACGCAGAACAAACCGGCAGCCAAGAUUGAACCCACGAAGUUCUCAACCGCCAUCCGCAUCAUCUCAGAAGAAAGCGGCAUCGAGAUUGCUGACUUCACUGAUGGAACUACCUUUUCGGACGUUGGCAUCGACUCCCUUCUCGGUCUCACAAUAUCCGCUCGCUUCCAAGAGGAACUAGACAUCGACCUCGACUUUAACGCCCUCUUCUUCGAACAUCCCACCGUCAAAGACCUACGCAACUUCCUCCAAGGUCCGGAAGAAGACGUCAGUGGAAGCUCUUCCUCCGCAGCCAGUGACUCUGGUCGAGAAUCAGACACGACUGGGAGCGCCACUCCUGAACUUCGCGAGGAGUUUGCGAAGUCCAUUGACGUCGAGUUUGAGCGUGCUCUUGAGAUCAUCUCUGAAGAGAGCGGUGUUGCGCGCGCUGAUUUGGACGAUGAUACCAACUUUGCUGACUGUGGUGUCGAUUCGCUUUUGUCGCUUGUCAUUGCGAGUCGCUUCCAGGAUGCGUUUGACUUGGACGUUCGACAUGAGCAGUUGUUCAUGGAGUGUCAGACAGUGGCUGAUUUGAGGAGCAUGCUUGCCAAGGAGAUGGGAGUGGUUGAAACGGCACCUGCAAUUUCUGUUAACGAGCCUGCUGAAGUCCCUGCGCCUGUUGUUUCGGAAGCUGUAGCUGAAGAGACUGCCAUUACUCACAGUGAUGUCUCUGUUCUUGCUUCGCGAGAAAAGGCCAUCACUGAUCUCGUCCACAAGUACUCAGCUGGAUUUUCCGCGCCGACUUCAACACCCUCUGCUUCAUCUCUCACCAAGGAUGGCAACGUCGUCCUCGUCACUGGAGCGUCUGGUGGUCUUGGUAGCCAUCUCGUCUAUGCCCUCGCUCAACUUGAAAAGGUUCACUCCAUCAUCUGCCUCAAUCGUACAAACAGAGAGGACCCCGAGACCCGUCAAUACAAGGCUAUGAGAGACAAGGGUAUCCGAUUCCCAGAGAAUCUCAAGUCCAAGCUGCGAAUCUUCCAGACGGACACUUCAAAGCCUAAGCUGGGACUUUCAGACAACGAGUAUGCUUCCAUGGUACGUGAUGUUACCCACAUCAUUCACAAUGCCUGGCCCAUGAGCGCCAAGCGUCCUCUGUCGGGCUUCGAGUCCCAAUUCCAGGUCUUCCGCAAUCUUCUUGAUCUCGGCAACGAAUGCGCCUCUAGUCGUCCCGAGGACUUCAAGUUCAGCUUCCAGAUGGUAUCAUCCAUCGGUGUAGUGGGACAGUGGGGUCUUGCAGCUGGCCAAACAGGCAAAAUUAUCGUUCCCGAAGAGAGAGCCACUAUCGAUUCACUUCUUGGUAAUGGUUAUGCCGAAGCGAAAUGGGGGUGUGAGAGAAUGCUCGAUGAGACUCUUCACAAGUACUCUAACCGAUUCCGUCCUAUGGUCGUUCGUCUUGGUCAAAUCGCCGGGUCCAAGACAAGCGGUUAUUGGAACCCAAUGGAGCACUUUGGAUUCCUUAUCAAGUCAUCGCAGACACUGAACGCUCUUCCUGAUGUUGAGGGCAAUCUGAACUGGACUCCUGUCAACGACAUUGCUGAUACUCUGACUGAUCUCGUCUUGUCCGACCAAGCACCUCAUCCGAUUUAUCACAUCGAUAAUCCCGUUGGUCAACAAUGGCGCGACGUCAACGACAUCCUCUCCGAUACUUUACGCAUCCCCAACAGAGUCCCUUUCAAAGAAUGGCUCGAACUCGUACGAAAGGCACCUCAACAGGAUAACCCUGCCUCUUUGCUCGCAGAUUUCCUAGAAGAUACAUAUCUGCGCAUGGCAUGUGGUGGUCUUGUACUCGAUGUGAAGCAUACUCUUGAGCAUUCCAAGUCCCUGGCGGCUGUUGGACCUGUUUCGGAGACUGUGGUGAGGAAGUACAUCCACAUAUGGAAGGAGAUUGGGUUCUUGAAGACUACUGCGGAGGAUAAGGCCGGCUUUGAGGCGGAGAGGAUGAGACUUUGGGGACCUAGAGCAUGA